AUGAGCAACACAACAUGGAUAUUUAAUUUGUUCAACACACUUUCCCAAUCUGUAAUUCCCCCAAAUAUAAUCGCUUUAUUAAUUGUUGUACCUUCAACCAUUCUUUACUUGACAGAAUUAGGAGUGAUUUUUCGUUUCAAAAAAGUUUUCAAAUCUUCAUUCUUCAAACUUUUUGCUGCUAGAACUAUAUCGAGUAUUUUGGGACUAAUCGGUCAAUGUUUGUAUACACGUUUUGGACGUGUUGGUUUCUUCCUUUCAAUUUAUCUAGAAUUGCCUGGUGUUUAUUUGGCAAUUUUUUACUUUAUGACAGCCUAUUUCUACCUAGUUGAGGGCACGUGUACUAUUACCCUUCUUUUGAAUAGACUUACAGCCCUUGUGUGGCCUUUAAAAUAUGAAAGGGUCUAA